UUGCGGCGACGAUUAAUUCGGCGCUCGCUCGAGGAAGCGGGGCAGAGGGCGAAGCUCAGCGGAGCCGCCGCGCGAUGAUGGCGGCCAACCAACCUCCUCCGCCCAAGCCCUGGGAGAAUCGGCGCCUAUCUGCUGAUGUGACGGCCAACCAACUGACUCGGCCUGGACAACCCACCCUGACACGAGUGCCCCCUCCAAUUUUGCCAAGGCCAUCUCAACAGGCAGGAAACAGUACCCUCAAUACUUUCAGACCAGCCUACAGCAGCUCUUUUUCUCCUGGCUACGGGACAUAUGGAAAUUCCUUUUAUGGGAGCUACAGCCCUUACAGUUAUGGAUAUGGGGGUGUGGGCUACAACCGGUUUCGGAUGGACGACAUUCCUACCAGCAGGUUUGUUCAACAAGCUGAGGAGAGCAGCCGUGGUGCAUUUCAGUCCAUUGAAAGCAUAGUACAUGCCUUUGCAUCAGUGAGCAUGAUGAUGGACGCUACUUUUUCUGCUGUCUACAACAGUUUCCGAGCUGUUUUGGAUGUAGCUAAUCACUUCUCUCGUCUCAAAAUACACUUCACAAAGGUGUUUUCAGCCUUUGCAUUAGUCAGAACUAUAAGAUACCUCUACAGGCGGUUACAGAGGUUGCUGGGUAUGAGAAACAAUUCAGAGAAUGAGGAUUUGUGGGCAGAAAGUGAAGGAACUUUGGCUCGCAUUGGUCCUGAGGACAAGGCUGCUAACUCUGCAAAAUCCUGGCCUAUUUUCCUGUUCUUUGCAGUUGUUCUUGGUGGUCCCUACCUCAUUUGGAAGCUGUUGUCCACCUACAGUGAUGAAGAAACAGCUUCCAGUAACUGGGCAAGUGGAGAGGAUGAUCAUGUUGUUGGGAGAGCGGAGUAUGACUUCAAUGCUGUUUCAGAGGAAGAAAUGUCUUUCCGUGCAGGUGAAAUGCUAACAUUAGCACCUAAAGAACGGCAGCCCAAAAUACGUGGCUGGCUUUUGGCUAGCCGGGAUGGCCAGACAACGGGACUUGUACCAGCUAAUUAUGUCAGAAUCCUUGGCAAAAGGAAAGGUAGGAGAACCCCGGAACUGGAGAAGAUUACGGAGCAUCAGCCAGUGUUUACCAGCACACCUUCAGUUCAAGGAGCUACAGCUGCUGACACUUUAGAAGAACAAGAAGCUGCCUUUGAGUCUGUGUUUGUGGAAACAAAUAAAGGUCCUGGCACAUCCGACUCUGCUGUGCUUGGUGAAGACAAACAGGAUCUUUAAUACAUCUGAAGUUUUAACAAAGAGAUUGGAUUGUGCUUACCAGUAACAUUGUAGGUAGCCAUUGAAUAGUGAUGUAGAGGGACACUGUUGCUGACCAUAUCCAGGUGACUUGCUAUUCAAACCUGGAAGAGAUAUAGCAAGCAACGUUAUUGUCCCUAAUGUUGUGCUUAGUAGAUUUAAUGUUGGAUGGCUAAAUUUGGUUAGCUAGUAUCAGUGUUAGGAUCUCAGGCUUGGGCAAGUGUUAGAAUGAAGAAUGUAUGGCACCAGGUUUUUCUUGACCGAAGCAGCAAUUCUUGCAGAUUCUAGAGACAGCUGCAUGUUUAAAUUCAUUCCCCCAGACUGAAGAAUCCAUUUUGAUAGCUGUUGUGGUGGUGUAUGGCAAGAUCAAAUGAAGCAUGGUGUUCCCCAAGAGUCUGUAAGCAUAUUAUGAGGAUUUUUCUUCUUAAUCUCAGUUUUUGUUGGGGAAAAUUUCACAGAUAAGGCUAACAAUUGGAAAACUGUUGAGCGGGAGAGGAUUUUAAUGCCUCUUCUGGUAUUAAUCUCCUCCAUAGCCUAUCUUAGAAUGAAUGAUAAUCCAAAAAUGGGAAGUACUAAUUCUGAUAUUAAGUUAGUAUCAUGAUUAUUUUAAAAACAAAAGGUUUCUGUAAGGCUCUUUAUCCUCAGUUUUCACUGCAAGACAAUUAGCCUUCUCAUAAUUCUUAACAGCAUCACUUCCAUUCAUUUCUGAGCAAUUUGGUUUCCUGCAAUAAAUUACAAUAGAGUUAAUGCACGGUUUAAAGUAGCAGAUCUGGUCGCUUUGCUAGAGGAAAGCUUGUAAAACCAGCUAGAGUUGCUAAACUGAUUAUUGUGCCGAGAUACUAAGAGUUUGGAAUAACGUUGACCUCUUUCUCUGUUUAAAAAAAAUUGAGCAAUGCAAUGGUGUCUGGUAGAAAAUGUUGAAUUUCUUGUUUAAUGUGAUUAAAGUCACUGUGGGACAAGAGAAUAAAAACCAGCCAAACCAGGAGAGACCAAUCUUGAACAAGCAUGCUCAUCAGACACUGACAAUUCAUAUUACUAGAAAUUGACUUUCUGGGCAGAAUUCCCUUCGUCAGAGAUGGAAGGGAAAUCGGGGUGACGGAAAUAUUGUAGAAAAUUUAGGUAGUCUGUGUAUCUAAUACUUGAGAUUUUAACUGGAGAAAUCUUUCAUUUUCCAGUCUGUUGAAAAUUCAAAACAGGGAGACUUCUCAAAUAUAUUUUCAUUCUGGAUUUUCUCACUUCUCAUCCUUAACACUUACAGUUAUUUUUUUCUACAAAAGUGUACUGAAGAACAUUUAGUUAGGGGAAAAAUCACUAUUCACUCACUAAUUUAAAACUUAUUCCUGGUAAUAUUUACUUGGCAGUAAAUUCCAAUGCACUGGGUGGGAUUUAUUACCUUGUAAAUCUGUUUGGAAUCAGAGUUUUUAUUUUACUUUGUACUUGUUGGAGUUUAUUUAACAAAUCACUGUGUCAUACUAUGCAUAUGAUGAGGUAAGUAUGCAAAGGGAAUCUUGGCUCUGAUCCUUUGUAGUAGCUUUAGUGGAGCCAGAAUGAAAAUGGUUAUGGUAAAUUAGACUAAAAGGUUUAUCAUGGAGUUGGAUUAACUUGUGUAAGUCUAUUAAAUUUUGCUGAAACUUGA